UGCCGUGAUGCUGACUCUGCCACUACUUUAUUUUCAUUGAUUUUCUUCACUUUCUUGUUUUGUUUUGUUCUGUUUUCUUAUUCAUAGCAGUCUUUGAGGAAUGAUCAGCCACAUUCUGUUCUCCGAAACUUCCUCUUGCCCCUUUUCGGUAGUAUGAAUCUCAUCAUAAAUACUAACACUAACUACUCUAUUGUGAAUUUAAUUUAUAGUUGGUGCAUGGUUGUUGUGGCAAUCUUUGAAGACCUUUCUCAACUAAAAUGCAACUUCCUUUUAUCAUCGUUCUUGUUUGCUGCUUCACCAAUUUGCUUGCGUUUGCUCAAGCAGGAAAUGAAACAGACAGAUUAGCACUCCUUGAUUUCAAAUCCAAAGUCACUGAUGAUCCCCUGGGCAUUCUAACCUCAUGGAAUGAGUCCAUCCACUUCUGCCAGUGGCACGGUGUCACCUGCAGUGCUGACAGAGUCACCAUGCUCGACCUCCAGUCCCAAAACCUAGCGGGUUCCAUAUCGCCCCAUAUUGGAAAUCUAAGCUUUCUUACAGUUCUACAACUCUACAAUAACAGUUUCACUGAUGAAAUCCCCCCAGAAAUUGGAAAUUUGCAAAGGCUGCAGAUUUUACGCCUGCAUAACAACUCGAUCACUGGACAAAUUCCUGUCAAUAUAUCCGCUUGUUCUAGCCUUGUUCGCAUCAAUUUCGCAAUCAACAUGCUUGUUGGAAACAUUCCAGUCCAGCUUGGCCUCUUGUCAAACCUCCAAGCCCUGUACUUGGACAAAAACAACUUCACUGGAGGUAUACCUUCUUCUUUAGGGAACUUAUCUUCAUUUAAUGACUUAAGGGCAUCUUAUAAUAAUCUUGGUGGGGCCAUCCCUGAAACUUUAGGACACCUAACAUACCUUACAUUCAUUGGAUUAGGUUACAACAACUUGUCCAAUACCAUCCCUGCCUCCAUUUUCAACCUUACUAACCUCAAAGAAUUUCAUGCCUCAUACAAUAACAUCCAGGGGAGUCUUCCCCAGGAUUUUGGGAUCUAUCUCCCAAAACUUCAGACUCUCGCUAUCCGUUUCAACCGAUUAAGUGGGCCCAUUCCGGUGUCAAUAACCAAUGCCUCAAGUCUGUUGAAUAUUAUGAUUUCUGUUAAUAAUUUUUCUGGAAAAUUGCCUACCCUUGAAGGGCUGCCUAAACUUCACCAUAUAAUCAUGUCCCUCAAUGAUCUUGGAACUGGUGAAGCCGAUGACUCGGAUUUGCUCUCCUCUUUGACCAAUGCAACUGAAUUAGAAGAGGUGUCUAUGGAUGGCAACAAUUUAGGAGGGGUGUUACCAAAUUCAAUUAGCAACUUCUCAACUAGGCUUUUGAGGUUGUCACUGGCCAAUAAUCGGAUGUUUGGAAGCAUCCCAACUGGGAUAGGGAAUCUCAUUAACUUGGAGACCCUAGAUUUGCGGGGCAACCAAUUUGGAGGAAACAUUCCUGAUGAUAUUGGAAAUCUUCAGAAUCUGAAAGUAUUGAGCAUGUUUAGUAACAAAUUACUCGGAAACAUUCCUUCCUCUCUAGGAAAUUUAAGUAUGUUAAUCGGCUUCCAUCUUGGGAAAAAUGAUCUUCAAGGCGACAUUCCUUCAAGUUUAGGAAACUGUCAAAAUUUAGUAAGAUUAGGACUUGCUCAAAACAAAUUGAGUGGUGUGUUACCCAAGGAAGUUGUUAGUAUCACAACACUAGCUGUUUUGAACCUAUCCCAAAACAAUUUAACCGGUUCCUUGCCUAUGGAAUUCGGAAAUUUGAUCAAUCUUGAGCAAUUGGAUGUUUCAGACAACAUGUUUGCGGGCAAAAUCCUUAGCAGUCUCGGUAGCUGUGUACGAUUGGAAACACUGUAUAUGCAGGGCAACUUCUUUCAGGGGACAAUUCCUUCAUCUUUGAGUUCUUUGAGAGGGAUUCAGUUUCUAGACCUUUCUCGCAACAAUUUGUCGGGUGAAAUUCCGGAUUAUUUGGAGGACAUGAAGUUCUUGCAAACUCUUAAUCUAUCUUAUAAUGACUUUGAGGGUUCUGUACCAACACAAGGUGUCUUUAAGAAUGCAAGCGCUGUAUCAGUGAUCGGAAACAAUAUGCUUUGUGGUGGUGUUCUUGAACUAGAACUUCCUGUAUGCAACCUUAAAGGGUCUACAAAGAGAAGAUUGAGUUUGACUGUGAAAAUUAUAAUUUUUACUGUCUCUGGACUUAUGGGACUCUCUCUUUGUUUGCUACUGUUUGGUUGGUUUCGAAAAAGAAGAACAAGGCCACCAUCAAUAUCACAAGAAAGUUCGCUUUUGAAGGUGUCUUACCAAACUCUCCUUAAAGCAACCAAUGGAUUCUCUUCGACCAAUUUGAUUGGUUCGGGUAGUUCGGGGUCUGUUUACAAAGGAAUUCUUGAUUCCCAAAAUGGAACAGUAAUUGCUGUGAAGGUUCUUAACCUUCAUCGUCCUAAUGCAUCAAAGAGCUUCAUAGCUGAAUGUGAGGCCUUGAGGAAUAUUAAGCACCGGAAUCUGGUGAAAGUACUAACAGUGUGUUCGAGUGUUGAUUACAAAGGAAAUGAGUUCAAGGCUUUGGUUUACAAGUUUGUGUCGAAUGGGAAUCUAGAGGAGUGGUUGCAUGUAAAUGCUUGGGAUGUUGAGGCAAAUGUAGAGCCAAUGAAGAAGUUAAAUCUUCUUCAAAGGCUAAAUAUCGCCAUUGAUGUUGCAUGUGCAGUGGAUUAUCUUCAUAAUGGUUGUCAAACGCCAGUAGUACAUUGUGACCUCAAGCCAAGCAAUGUUCUUCUGGAGGAUGAAAUGACCGCGCACGUUGGUGACUUUGGGUUAGCAAGAUUCGCUAUACAAGGAACUAGUAACUUAUUUGGAAAUGAAGGCACGAGCUCCAUUGGAAUUAGAGGAUCUAUUGGCUAUGUUGCUCCAGAGUAUGGAAUGGGAUGUGAGGUGUCGACAUAUGGCGAUGUGUACAGCUAUGGCAUCCUCUUGUUGGAAAUGUUCACCGGAAUAAAACCUACCCAUAAGAUGUUUAAGGACAACCUAAGCCUUCAUAAAUUUGCUAAAAUGGCUAUGCCAAAAACGGUGGAAGAAAUUGCUGAUCCAACACUUCUUGAACAAGAAGGAGAGACAAGCACAAACACAAACGACACGCAUAGUCAAAACCAUGUUAGCAGAGAGACAAUUCGAAAGUGCUUGAUUUCGAUAUUCAAAAUUGGUAUUUCUUGUUCAGUAGAAUCACCAAGUGAAAGGAUGGAUAUGAGUGAUGUUGUAGUUGAGUUGCAUUUGAUCAGAAACAUUCUUGUUGGAAUGCAUGGAGGGAGAAGAAGUGCAAACACAGUUGCACUAUGAGUUGGUUGUGAAAGCCACCUGUUUGAGUGAUGUGCUAUAGCUAUGUGUCUUUUGUUGCGCUCUUCCCCAAUAUGUGCCUCGCUUUUUUGGGAACGUCUUAAUUACUUGCUAUAAGGGUGUUGGAUGUUGUCAAAUUGCCAACUACUGUUUGAAAAUUUAUUAAAUAAUUUUAGAAUA